CCCCCCAUUGCCUGCUAGUAGCAUUAUGCGUUUUGUCACUUUUUUAAAAAUCCCCUCUCUGACUCUGACGUAAGCCUCUACACUGCAGCCCUGUUCAACAUUGCAACAAUACAAAUCCCCUGUGAGCAGGUAGUCAGCAUGUUUGCCCACAUGUUGGCCCUAUAGCGUAGCAGGCUGGAUAUUGUAGUAAUUUACAAUUGAGUCGUGACCUCUCGCGUUCUUACAUCAUAACGAGGAAAACCACGUAUCCCAGCAUGACUUUCUUUAGCCAUUUAGUUACCCAAUGGAUGCUCGGUGCGCUUAUUCAGUGACCAAUCGGGGGGUAGCCUAAUCUUUUAAUUCUAAGAGUUAAAUACCACGAAAAACGUUUUAUCAGCGCAAUUUACAUCAAUUAGUUUAUUAGCCUAGUGUGGGAAGCGCUUGUGCGAUCUGCAAAGCUUCAUUUUGGUCAACAAGUGGUUGGCACGAUCAACAGAGACAGAUUCCAGGUUUUUGUCAGCACACAGGGGCAGCAGCUCGACAUGCUAUCGGGUAUGCGGGUCUGUGUGCCCUCCGCUGCAGCUCUAUUCGGCUCGUUGUGCCAUGGCUGUCGCAGCUGGGCACGAAGUUUGUCAUUCCGGGGUUUUAGUUGGUCGCCCCGAAAGAUCAGCCGGUGGAACAGUCAAGAUUCCAUUGACCUACCUCCUGCGGAGAACCCACGAAUUCUCAUCACAGGUGGCCUUGGACAGUUAGGUGUGGGGCUUGCAGAAAUCCUGAGGAAACAGUACGGAACAGAAAACGUUAUCCUAUCGGAUAUCAAGAAGCCUCCCCCAGAAGUGUGCAGAAGUGGCCCGUUUGUGUAUGCUGACGUGUUGGACUUUAAGAACCUCAGAGAGUUGGUGGUGAAUAACCGCAUCACCUGGCUGGUGCAUUACAGCGCACUACUCAGUGUUGUGGGAGAGGCAAAUGUGGCCCUGGCACGCAAGAUCAAUAUCACAGGGCUUCAUAAUGUGCUGGACCUGGCUCUAGAGAGCUGUUUACGUCUCUUUGUCCCCAGCACCAUCGGAGCCUUUGGCCCUUCUUCUCCCCGUGACCCUGCACCUGACCUGUGUGUCCAGAGGCCUCGCACCAUUUAUGGGGUUUCCAAAGUGCAUGGCGAACUGAUGGGGGAGUAUCUUCAUCACAAGUAUGGACUGGACUUCCGCUGCCUACGCUAUCCUGGCGUCAUCUCCGCUAACACACAGCCUGGGGGAGGAACAACAGACUAUGCUGUCCAGAUUUUUCACGAUGCCCUCAGCACGGGUCACCACGAGUGCUAUUUACGCGCUGACACGCGUCUGCCGAUGAUGCAUGUUGGUGACUGCCACCGUGCGACUGUGGAGUUCAUGCAGGCCCCGGAAUGCCAGCUGUCGCUGCGCACAUACAACAUCGAUGCCAUGAGCUUCACCCCUGAGGAAGUGGCCACGGAAAUCCGCAAGCACCUGCCCCACCUCAAGGUCACCUAUAACCCUGACUCUGUCCGCCAGACAAUUGCGGACAGCUGGCCGGUGAGGUUUGAUGACUCCAACGCACGGAGAGAUUGGGGCUGGAAGUCGACAUAUGGGCUUGAGGAGCUCGUCUCAGACAUGCUGAGCUCCAUCCGUGACAAGAGGACCAACGCCGGACUGCCAGUCAGCUAGCAGGUCCCGCCCACAGAGAGUGACUUACCAAUCACUAUUCCCUUAAGUCCGCUUCAGCCUGGGUCUGCCUAUCACAACAGACCCUCUUUCCUUAGCAUCAUCUCCAAACCAGGACUCUUCUGUAAAUCAGGAUAAUAUUACACCAAUAAACCAGGGACUAUUUUCAAACCGGUCAUCUUCAGCCAGAUCCACUCAACUUUCCACAACAGUGGACACUGACACCACAGACACACACACACACACACACACACACACACACACACACACACACACACACACACACACACACACCACACACAAGUAACAGGCAACAAGCACCCUCUCAUAAUAGCAGAUUUACUCUCUUCAGGGAACCAUACUGUCAACCAUUCUCUUAUGUUGUGACUGUCUUCAGUUUCUGUUUUAAAUGUGAUAGAGAAUUUUAAUAUCAUAGCAGGUUUAACAUAGGCCUUAAACGUCUGGGGGAAAUAGGCUUCAGGCAAAUUAUUUUACAUAUAGUUAGUCAUAACCCUACCUUCAGUUUCCAGUAUCUCAAGGGGUUUCAUUUACAUUUUACAUUUACAGUACGUCAUUUAGCAGACAGUCUUAUCCAGAGCGAUUUACAGUUAGUGCAUUCAUCUUAACAUAGCUAGGGGAGACAACUACAUAUCACAGUCAUAGUAAGUACAUUUUUCCUUAAAGAAGUUAUCAGCAAAGUUAGUGCUAAUAGGAAAUGUUCCUCCUUGCCUGCUGUAUUAGGGUAGUAUAGAGGGCACAGUGAUUUCCUUCCUGGCCUGCUGUGUUAGGGUAAUAUAGAGGGAACAGUGAAAUGACACAGGAGCAGUGAGAGAUAUAGGGACAACUAUCAGAAGAAAUAGAAAAUCCACAAUGUUUACAAAAGGCCUGCCUUUACAACACAACUUCAGUACAUUUUCAAACAUCUCCACAUUUCUUUACAGUCAGUGUGAUUUUGGGUACCAAAUAAAUUCAGAAUUGAAGCCUUAUUUUUAAUUGACAACUAAUUAGAAAUAUAUUUGUGAGUAAUGAACAAAUUGCAGUGUACUUUUGAUCAUAAAUUGAAUAAAUCUCUUAAUUUGCUCA